CUCUUUUCAAUCGUAUAAAAGUGCGCGAGGUUCAAAAUUUCAACAUUCAUUCUAAGUUUUCCUUGCAAAUUCUCUAUCGUCAGAUCGUUGAAAAACAGACCAUCUCUUAAGUUCGCCUUUUUUCUGCUAAGUUAUCAUUUUACUUUGUGUAGGGAGAACGAGUCAUUAAAAAUGAGUUUCUUUAAUAUACCAUUCCAAGUGUUUUUAGCAAUUAAUACUUUGAUGACAGCGUACAAGCCGUACACGUCAGAUACUUUUAAUCGAGAGUAUGACUACAUUGUUGUUGGUGCUGGAUCUGCUGGGUCAGUAGUUGCUUCUCGUCUCUCGGAAGAUCCCUGCGUAUCCGUUCUUCUUUUGGAAGCUGGGCCCAAUCCCGAUGCAAUCACAGAGAUUCCUGCAGCUGCAUUUCUUUUGCAACAUGGGAAAUAUGACUGGGAAUAUAAGACAGUGCCUCAAAAAAGGGGAGCUCUAGGUUAUGAUAACAGGCAACUUCAAUGGCCCAGGGGAAAAGGCAUAGGUGGAUCUAGUCUUCUAAACUUCUUCAUGUAUGUUCGCGGAAAUAAAAGGGAUUACGACCAAUGGGCAGAGGAUGGAGCAGAUGGAUGGUCAUGGAAAGAUGUAAAACCCUACUUCAUCAAGUCUGAAAAUAACACCGAUAAGGAAAUCUGUCAAAAAUCAACUCUUCAUGGCAGCGAUGGGUAUUUAACUGUGUCAAGUCCCCAGUAUAAUAGCACUUUGAUGACAGCAUUUGCCAAAGCUGCUUCUGAAAGAGGUUAUGAGUACAGAGACAUCAACAGUGAAAAGCAAACUGGUUUUUCAAAAUUGCAAGGGACAAUCAGAAAUGGUAGAAGGUGCAGUACGGCAAAGGCUUUCUUGAUUCCAGCUUCUGGUCGAAAAAAUCUAGAUAUCAUAGAAAACGCUUUUGUUCUUAAGGUUUUGAUCAAUGAUAAGAAAGAAGCAUAUGGUGUGCAGUUUGAAAUCAACAAAAACAUCUACACAGUAAAAGCUAAGAAGGAAGUGAUUAUUAGUGGUGGCACUAUCAAUUCUCCCCAACUUCUGAUGUUAUCUGGUAUUGGACCUAAGGAACACUUGACCAAAUUGGGAAUUAAAGUUAUUGCCGAUCUUCCUGUGGGGGAUAACUUACAAGAUCACGUUGGAACCACAUCUCUGAACUUUGAGGCUACUAAAGCAGAACCUAUCCUUCUUGGCAAAAUACUGAGCCCAUUCAAUCUUGGGGAAUUUAACAAGUAUGGAACUGGACCUCUUACCAGCUUUUCUGGAAUUGAAGGUAUGGCCUACAUCAACUCCAAGUACAAUGACCCAACCAUAGACUGGCCCGAUAUAGAAAUCCACCUGGCUGCUGGUUCUCCUGCUAGUGAUUAUGGCACAAUCUUGAAAAGCGCAGUCGGGAUAACAGAUAAAGUGUACAGACAAGUAUAUGCUCCAUACACGGGAAAGAAUACUUUCACGUUUUUUCCAUGUUACCUAAGGCCGAAGAGCAGAGGAACAAUCAGACUUGCUUCCACCAAUCCCAAGGAACACCCCCUCAUUGAUCCAAAUCUUUUUCAAUAUGACGAAGAUCUUGACAGAUUGGUUGAAGUUAUGAAAGAAUGCGUGAACAUCGUUGAGAAGACAAAAGCUUUCAAAGAGAUCGGCGCCAAAAUGUUCAAAACAAAGUUUCCAGGCUGUGAAAAACACAAACUUUAUUCAGAAGAUUACUUGAGAUGCGUUGGAAGAAUGUAUACCUACACCUUGUAUCACCCUGUUGGCACCUGUAAGAUGGGACGAAGAACAGACAAAACUGCAGUUGUAGAUCCAGAGUUAAAGGUGAUUGGAGUUAAAAAUCUUCGAGUUGUAGAUGGAUCUGUCAUGCCAACAUUAGUGUCUGGAAAUACGAAUGCCCCCAUCAUUAUGAUCGCUGAGAAAGCUUCAGACAUGAUAAAAGCCUCCAACCCAGACAGACUGACAUGCAAAAAAAGUAGAUGGUAGAAAUAAUUAUAAUAUGCAUUUAAAUUGGUCUUAGUUACUAAUUAGAGAUCUGAUAUACAUGCUUAUAAAAUUUACUUCCGAGAAAAGAGGUACCUAACUUUUUAAAUUAAGAACCUCUACUUUUUUAUGAUUAUUUGCUGCUUAAAAUUUUUAGUUUGUCUUUGAAAAUGGUGUUUCUGGAAUAUUGUUCUUAUUUUCAAGCUAUUAUCGUAGUUUAAGCAUCUGAAAUACCAUUUCUGAGAGAACUCAUGUUUUUUCUUUCGCUUUAAGCUUAAACCAUGUUGUGCGUAUCAAUUUUUUAUACAGUUCAAUGAUUAAUCUUAAUUAGUUUUAAUGAUUAAUAACAGCUUAUUAUUCGUAUUCUUAAUUACUGAAGAACUUACUACAAAUAGUAACGUUGCAAAUGCUUAUUCAGGAAAACGUUUAUCGCUAAUUCUGCGAAAAAUUAACUAUAUUUUGAGAAAAAUGAAAACUAACCUUGUAUUUUAAAAUUAAUAAAUGAAUCAAUUUAAUUGCCAUGAUAAAAAAAGUUAACAAUUGUCAGUUCUUAAAAUAUUUUUAUUAAAUUAUAUUAUUCAAAUUAUGAUUUGUGGGAAAAGUUUAAACUUUUAAGACUCUCAUCUAGUGGAAUAUAAUAUUCAUCUAAUCCUAAAGUUAUUUGUCAUCUGUUGCAGGAAGGAGUAAUAAGCAGAAAUAUAUCAACUUAAAAACGAUGGUAUUUACAUGGUCAUCUUUUUUCUAUUUACUUUGCAAUUUAUAAAAUUCAUGUUAACAUGCUUUAAUUAGCAUUGUUAGAACUUUCUGCUAGUCCUGUUGGGAAAAAAAUCCAGAUCAAAUUAAGGUAUAAAGUACUGCCGUAAAAUUCAUUUUUUGUUUCGUAAUAUGUUCUGUUAAAAAUGAACUUCACGGUAAAAAGUACCGUCCCCCUGAGUGGAGGUACUUUUUUAUUGCAAUUUUAUCCGGAAUUUUUCUCUGUGUAGUCUCCGAUAAGGAAAGAUUUUGAAGAUGUUUAGGUUUUAGUAUGAUAACUUUCUGAUGAAAGUAAAAUUUUAGGUACAGCUAAAAUUCGAAACAUUAUUGAAGUGUCAGAAAGCUCUCUAUUCAUGUAAAUAUAUUUAUUGUUGCUUUUUGCCGCUAAAAAGGGAGCAAUUAUGUACAUUUCUUAUUUCUUUUUAUGGUUCAGUAACUAAGUAAAUUGUUAAGUUGAUAGAGUAAAGAUAUAAAAGAGUUUUUAGAGUUUUGUCCGGAAUGCAUAGGUUUUUCAUUUUUAUUCAUAGGUUUUUCAUUAUUAUUUCAUUCAAAAUCUGAUUUAUUUUAAAAGUUUCACACAUGUAAUUUCUGAGUUAAGAGAAUCGAAAAGCUUAAUGUUAUAAAAUCUUUUUCUUCUGAAAAAAUGUUUCUUUUAAAAAUAACAAUCUAAUUCACAAAAGAUAUUAUAUUUUUUUUCGUCAUUCUUAUUUUCUUUAUGUAAAAAUGCCCCGCAACUAUCUUUCAGAAUUUUACUUUCAUUUUUCUGAGGUUAGUCGCCAAGUCAUGAAUAAGAUUUUUAUUUUUUCUGUUUUUUUUUUCUUCUCUUGUACAAUUCUGAAUGAUCAGUAGAAAAAUUUCCUAUUCAAAAUAUACAAUUUGACAGAAUGUAUCCGGUUAUUAUUCCCGUGAAAAUUUUCUGACAUAAAAAGAAUGCGUGCUUAAGUUGAUUUCUUUUUUAAAUUUUAUAUCAUAAGUUUAAAUAACUAUGACGAUUAUAACAUUUCACUGGGCAUAUAUCCAGUUAAUAAUGUUAUAUAAAUAUUUAAUCAUUUACUUCAUUGACUCUAAACGUGAGUACUAUUAUUAAGAUGCAAAUUAAAUUACUAAAUGAUUCAUUUAAAAUUAAGUUGUCUUUCAUUUGUAUAAAUUUCGCAAAAAUAGUUUGAAUCAGUUCUAGAACUUUAAAAGGCCUACUUGUUAUUUAACAUAUCGAUGCUAUUUUUAAUAGCUACAGGGAAACGGAAACAAAAAUAGUUUUAUUUUAAAAUAAAUAUUUUUUAUGAAACAUCGAUUAAUUUUUUACCCAACUAAAAGUUUUUUUUCUUUCUUUAAGCCGUUUUGUUUCCUAAUGAUAAUUCAAUUUUAUAUAAAAUAUGAUAAUUUAUAUGAUUAUGAUAAUUAAUUUUGAAAGCGGUGUGUUCCUAAUGAUUUCAUGGUUGAGGGUCAAAGAAAUGCAUUUUUGCUUAAAUUCGUUUCAAUUAGUUUUAAUCUGUUUUUAGCUUAUUUAAAAUAAAUAAGCAAAGAAUAGCUCCAGAAAAAUGUAAUUAUAGGAUUCUGAAAAAUAAUGCGUAUUCUCUAAUUUUUAGUUUUAAAAUGAUAAGAAGUGUAUAAAACACAGUUAAAAAUAUUAACAUACGUAAAUAUAUUUGAAAUUUUUAAUGCUUGAAAGAUAUUCUUUCGUCUCCUUAGAGAGUUUAUAGAUUCUUGUUAAAAUUGCAUAUCUUUUGGGACAAUGCGCUUAAAGGGAAACGAAUAGAUUUUGAUAAAUAACAAAAAAAGCAUUUUACUUUCUAGAACUGAUUAGGACGUAUGAUAUUCUUCAAAUAGCUAGUUUAAUAUCUUUGAUAUAAAAUAAUAUUAUUGAUAUUAUAAGAUGCUUUUCAAUCUACGUCAUAGGCAAACUAUGACAAACAUAUGAAUAUUUAAUUUUUGUUCUGUAAAUUUAUUCUAAAUUGUUGAUAAAAUUAUUGUAUUAUUAUUAUUAUUUUAAAGCAUUUUUUGCAAAAAAAAUUUUAACACCAUCGGCUGAGGUUUUAUGAAAUAUCAUAAUACAUAUUGAAAUUUUUGUAAAUCUUCAUUAUCCGUAUAUAUGUUACAUUUAUGCUUUUGCAUUAUGCUGCCUGUUGAUUUUGUGAAUAAAAGAAAAGUAAAUUA